AUGCCUCAUAGCUGCUGCCACUCAUGCGGGAGCUUGGGUAAUGCCCCAUCACUCUCUGCCAUCACACACGACUCUAAUCCCAAAAGCUUUGAAGAUGGCAUUUUCUUACCCAGCACUUUUCACGGCAGAACCUGGCUCCUAGACAACAUUCAAGAAACCUACAGUGAAACCUCCACCCACCAAACGGCCCCUUGUGAACAGCACCAGCGCGAAGUGGACCCUUGUGUGCAAAGUUCCUGGAUCUCCGGAGCCAACCAAACAACUUGGUCCAACUCCAAGACCUGUGAAAGAACAACGUGCCAGUCAGGAGUCUCCUCAGCUGUGCCAGAGUGUGCUUCUCAACCCUGCCGGUCAAGAAAUUGUCAGCAAAUGGGUUUUAGAGUUCAGAGCUAUCAACCUGCAAGUUACAUGGCGAAGCGUUACCCUCUAAAUUCUCCAGUGUCUGAGAGUUGCCAAACAGUGGAGUUUGAAGUUAGCCAAUGCUGCUCUCAGGCUUCUGUGUCCAGUUCCUGUAACUCCUUGAGCAAUGUUGUCUCUGAGACCCAGCGUGUGGAAUCUUCUAGCACUUAUGAGCCAGCAUGCUGUGUGACAGGCGGUUCACAAUUGCCUAGUAAGUGA